GGCUUGGCAAAGUCAGCAAUGCUUGAGUCUGAUCUGUGCUGCAGACUUAAGCUGUUCAGCUCUGCAUUAGGGAGAAAGAGAAAGGAGAGACGCAGAUAGACACAUGUGAAGCAGCUCAGCUCUGAAGCCUAUCCUGACAGCAAGCUGCUGAGGUGGUCCAUGCUCCUGUGCCUGCCGGGGUGUGUCAGGUGACCAGGGCGGAUGGAGGCGGGGUCCAGCAGUCAGAGCGCCGAGGAGGCGGGGCCUACCUCAGGGGAAGAGCCACAGCCUGAGCAGCCGCGCCGUGGGAGGGGUCGACCACGAAAACAGCAGGAGGAGCCUGUUGGUCCUCCUCCACCCAGGAGACCUCGCGGGCGGCCCAGAGGAAGUAAGAACAAGCAGGUCACACCCAAGAAGGUCGAGCCAGCAGGUCAGAGAAGGCCGCGUGGACGUCCAAGAAAAUGGCCACAGAAAGUGAGUGAGGAAGAGCAACAGGCUCAUGUUGAAGCGGAGGCUCCACCCGUCGCACCCCCCUCUCCCAUGGCGCCCCCACCCGAGCAGGGAGGGCUGUGAAGAUGGCUAGUGCCUCAGGAGGGUCGGUUGGUCCGCCCCUAACCCCCCCUUCCACCACACAGCAGUCACAUCGGGCUUGCCUCACACAGGUGCACUGAUCCCCCUACCCUCCUCCACACACACACACACACACACACACACACACACACACACACACACACACACACACACACACACACCCCUCAGGAUGUCUCAACAUACUGUACACCCCACCCCCACUUUCUCUCAGAAUGCAGAAUACUCAGGAUAUAUGCUCUGGACAAAGCACAGGAGUUUACAUUUAUCUGAUAAUGCUUGAACAUCCACAUCAGUGUUUUUAGGAUCAAACAAGAUGACAAAAAAAACAUUUACUGAUCUUAAAGGUGUAUGAUUGUUAUUUUUGUGCAGUGUGCGUCAUUACUGUAAGCUUCUAGAAUUAGGCAUGGGAAUGUCUAAAUGGUAAAGUUGGAUUAACGUUUUCAAAAUGUAGUAAGAAGUAGUAAGAGUAUGGGCACAUAAGGCUAAAAUGGUUUUGUAUUUGAAAAGAAAAAUGUUUGCUGAAAUGAAUGAAAUUAUUGGAAUAGAAUUAUAAAUGAGAUAUGAAAUUAAUCUUUCACAAUGACGCAAAAAAAAAAAAAAAGAAAUCAGCGUAUUUACAGUAAAUCCACAUAUGGUAAUAGCCAUUUAUGGCAAAGUAUGGAAUAUGUUUCUGUGUGUCUGCUCUGUUAGAAGAUGGUGUGGUUUGUGAACCGGCACUUUCCUUCUUUAUCUUCUGUUUCUUAGAAGUUGUACAGGCCUUCAAUUGAAGUGACACUGUAGGUUGAGAUUUAAGACAGACUCUCCUGCAUAGAUAGCUAUGAGAAUAAUGUUGUUUUUUUUCUUUUUCUCGUCAUUGGCUUUUUAUACCGUAUAUUGACCUGAUGUGUAUCUCAAUUGUCCUUCCAUUUGGUCAUUACAAUAACAAAUUUAUAUUGUUCCCUCUCUUGGCAAGCCCUUCUGGCAUCCCUUUUUUAAUGGAUAAAACUGUGCUACGGUGGGAUAUAAAUGUAUUUUAAUAAAAUGUGGAUAUCAUGGGAAUGUCUGUGUAGAUACAGCAGGACAUUUUGAUACAUACAGUGGUAGUAUGGCAUAUUGUAUACAGAAUAUUCUGUAUUUCUCAUUUAUUUUGUCAUUGAAUGGCCCACCAUGCUGGUAUUGAAUGUUGUUAUCCAUAUUGUGUACUUACUUCUUUGCAUUUUCCUGCUUCUGGUUGAUUAUGGACCUACGUGGGCAUUGAUGCUGUAAGAAAUCAGCGGAUGUUAUUAUUUGGCUUCAACUCCUGCAUUCACUGCCUCUCCACACAACUCGGUACCUCCAAAGUUUCGGAUCGUCCUCACACCAAUAUAGUGCGUUACUCUGAGCCAGUAAUCCUAACGCUGUACAAUGUACCUACUUGACAUGCUCCUCAGCCUCCAAUAACUUGAACAAAGCAAGUCAGCAGAGUGAUGCUUCUGAAUAACCUGUGGUACCAAUGCUGUCAUGUUCAAGCACCCUGCAUUCACCAAACAGCCUUUAUUUGCAACAAAGCCAAAAAAUUUUUUUUUGUUUUUCAUUGUUAGUCUUGCAUAUGAAUAUAUGCUCUGUUUUCAGAACAAACAAGAUAUUUCUGCUGGGACAACUUAAAUAAGAAAAAAUCACUUUUAGUCUUCUGUAAUCAUGAAGGUUUACAGUAUUAGAACCCUUUGUUCCAUUAGAUUAUUUGUUGACGUCUGUUCAUUGUCAUCUAGACAAUAGCCACGUUGACAUGGACACUUCUAUUCCGAUUAGAAAUCGAAUAACAGUUCAAUUGGAAUUAAACUUGUCAACACCUCAAUUGGAAUGAAAAUUCCUGAUCCGAUGAGAAUUUCAAUCGGAAUGAAAGAGGUGGUGUAGUCCACUCCUAUUCUGAACACCCAUGUAGUCAUUCGAAUUGACUGCUGUCUUCUCAAGGAAGUAGGCAACAACGGCUAUUCCGAUCAAAGAUUCUAUAGCACUUGAGAGCACCUGAUCAGAAUAGAAUGUACCCCAUGUAAACAGACGACACACAUUUUUCAAUCAGAAUAGUUUAAUCGGAAUAACAAAACAAAUGUCCAAGUUAAACGUGGCUAAUGCUAGAUCAUGUAUUUUGUUCUGUUGCUUUUAGCUAGUUUGCCCUAGUUUUCAUUGCCUCUACCUGACAAAGAGAAAAUUGGAGAUGGUCAUUCCUUAUACCUCAAAAGCAUAAUUUAGUUGUAUUUUUUUAAGAAACAUUGCUAAUAAAUUUUCCUUCAGUUUGCCUAUCA